UUGAAAAAUCGUAUUGUCUGUGAGGACGACGGCGAAAGCGGAAGCGGAUAACGAAAAGCUCGCCGCGAAAAUGGCGGCCGUGAAAUCUCUGCAACCAAGACUUAUCUCUUCUUUUCUCGGCGACCGUUCAAUUCGAUCAACGCAACCACUUACUCAUCUCUUUCGCUUCGAUUUAGGAGGAAGAAGACAUGUUUCAAUGCAAUUAUCGAGAACCUUUUCGGGAUUAACCGAUCUCUUGUUUAAUAGAAGGAAUGAAGAUGAAGUUAUUGAUGGCAAGAGAAAGCGUCUGAGACCGGGAAAUGUAUCUCCUCGUCGCCCUGUCCCAGACCAUAUAAUAAAACCUCCUUAUGUUGAUUCUCUUAAAGCUCCUGGAAUCUCAAGUGGACUUGAAGUUCAUGACAAGAAAGGUAUAGAAUGCAUGAGAGCUUCUGGGAAACUUGCAGCUAGGGUUAGGGAAUAUGCUGGAACUUUGGUUAAGCCAGGCGUAACCACAGAUGAAAUUGAUGAAGCAGUUCACAAUAUGAUUAUCGAGAAUGGUGCGUAUCCUUCGCCUCUUGGUUAUGGAGAUUUCCCGAAAAGUGUUUGCACAUCUGUGAAUGAAUGCAUUUGUCAUGGUAUACCAGAUUCACGACCACUUGAGGAUGGGGAUAUAAUCAACAUCGAUGUCACAGUUUAUUUGAAUGGUUAUCAUGGUGAUACUUCAGCAACUUUCUUCUGUGGAAAUGUUGACGAGAAGGCUAAAAAGCUAGUCGAGGUGACAAAAGAGUCUCUCGACAGAGCAAUAUCAAUAUGUGGUCCUGGAGUUGAGUACAAGAAAAUCGGCAAAAUCAUUCAUGAUCUUGCAGAUAAACAUAAAUAUGGAGUUGUUCGACAAUUUGUAGGCCAUGGGGUUGGAAGUGUCUUCCACGCGGAUCCAGUUGUUCUACAUUUCCGGAACAAUGAAGCUGGACGUAUGGUCUUGAAUCAAACCUUCACCAUAGAACCGAUGCUUACGAUAGGCAGCAGAAACCCGGUAAUGUGGGAUGAUAACUGGACCGUGGUAACGGAAGAUGCAAGCCUCUCUGCACAAUUCGAGCAUACGAUUCUUAUAACCAAAGAUGGAGCUGAGAUACUAACCAACUGUUAAAAUAUGAUUCCCAAAUUUGUCUCACAUUGAUCUUAUUGGAAUGGAACCCAAACCCGAAAGGUAUGUAAGAAUCAUAUUCUUAUUCAAAUAUUCUUCGAGCAAACUGAAUCUGUAGUUACCAAUCAAACAAACACAUACAAACAAGUUUUUACACUAUUUUAUUAUUUUUGGGACAAGCAAAGAUUA